CGGGCCGGGACGCGCCGGGCGGCGGCGGAGCCGGAGCCGGGAUCGGGAUGGAGCGGCCGGCGGGGCCCGGUACCGGUUCCGGUUCUGCGCUGGCCGCCUCGCUGGCCGAGGGCUUGAUCAAAUCGCCGCGGCCGCUGAUGAAGAAGCAGGCGGUGAAGCGGCACCACCACAAGCACAACCUCAAGCACCGCUACGAGUUCCUGGAAACGCUGGGCAAAGGCACCUACGGGAAGGUGAAGAAAGCCCGGGAGCGCUCCGGGAAGCUGGUGGCCAUCAAAUCCAUCCGCAAGGACAAGAUCAAGGAUGAGCAGGACCUUGUCCACAUCCGGAGGGAGAUUGAGAUCAUGUCCUCCCUCAACCACCCCCAYAUCAUCGCUGUCCACGAAGUGUUCGAGAACAGCAGCAAGAUCGUGAUCGUGAUGGAGUACGCCAGCCGAGGGGACCUGUACGAUUACAUCAGCGAGCGGCAGCGCCUCUCGGAGCGGGAGGCGCGACACUUCUUCCGCCAGGUCGUGUCCGCCGUCUACUACUGCCACAAGAACGGCAUCGUCCACCGCGACCUGAAGCUGGAGAACAUCCUGCUGGAUGCCAACGGGAACAUCAAGAUCGCGGAUUUCGGGCUGUCCAACGUUUUCCAGCAGGACAAACUCCUGCAGACCUACUGCGGCAGCCCCCUGUACGCGUCCCCCGAGAUCAUCAACGGCCGGCCCUACAAGGGCCCCGAGGUGGACAGCUGGUCCCUGGGCGUCCUCCUCUACAUCCUGGUCCACGGCACGAUGCCCUUCGAYGGCCACGACUACAAGACUCUGGUCAAGCAGAUCACGAGCGGUGAYUACCGGGAGCCCACGAAGCUCUCAGACGCCUGCGGGCUGAUCCGCUGGAUGCUGAUGGUGAACCCGGAGCGCCGGGCCACCAUCGAGGACAUCGCCACGCACUGGUGGGUCAACUGGGGCUACAGAAUGCCGCUGGGCGAGCAGGAGCUGCUGCGCGACAGCGAAUCGCCGCUGGCCACCGUGGCCGAGUGGCUGCGCCGCUCGUCCCGGCCGCUGCUGGAGAACGGCUCCAAGGUGCGCUGCUUCCUGAAGCAGCACAUCCCCGGCGCGGCCCUGGAGCGCCAGCGCUCCCUCAAGAAGUCCAAGAAGGAGAACGACGUCUCGCACGCGUUGCAGGAGGGACCCGCCGGCCCCGAGAACCCCUCCAAGUCCAUCCUCAAGCGGCCCAAGGGCAUCCUGAAGAAGAGGAACUCSUGCGAGCAGAAGGUGCCCGGUUCCCCGCCCGGGGAGGAUGGCGAGGGGGUCCCCGCGGGUCUCACCCGGAUCCUGUCCUCUGGAGUGCUGCCYGGAGCGGCAGCGGUGCCCGCGGCCGCGCCCAAGAAGGGAAUCCUGAAGAAGCCCUCGGCCAGGGAAUCGGGCUAUUACUCGUCCCUGGAGUGCUGCGAGUCCGGGGACGUGCUGGACGCGGGGAGCUUGGACCUGGACGGGAGCGUGUUCGCCGAGCCGCCCUCCCCGAGCCCGCAGGGCCUCCCCGCCCGCAGGAAAGGCAUCCUCAAACACAACGGCAAAUUCUCCUCGGGCAGCGCCGAGCCGGGGACUCCYCCCGGGCAGGGCUUCGGGGGCUUCAGAGAGGUUCCCCUUCCCCCCGGCCCCCGCGGCCGCCCGGGCAGCGCAGUCAGCGAGGACAGCAUCCUUUCCACCGAGUCCUUCGAUCAGCUGGACCUGCCCGCCCGCGUCCCCCCCGGCGGCGGGGCCAUGCGGGGCUGCGUGUCGGCCGAGAGCCUGCUGCGGCUGGAGGAGGAGGAGGAGCGGGAGGAAGGGCGGAGGCUGCGCCGCUGGACUGUCACCCACUGCCGCAGCCCCCUGGCCGAGAGCCGCGCGUCCCUGGCGGGCUGUGACAAUGGCACCGAGCUCUACCGGCGCGCCGUGCCCGUGGGGGUGAAGCUGAGCUGAGGCUGCUCUCCCUCGCCGCUGGGCUUCAU